AUGAUCGGAUUUCUGCCUACAUGCCGGGUGCCCAAGUCCACCCCUGCCCUGGAACCGGGACUGGUCUGCCCACUGCCUGCGAGGUGCCCUGGAGGGGAGUUUUCCCGACACAAGUUCGGAGAGGUAUGGAACACUGAGAACACAGACUGUCUGGAUCUCAAGACUGUCAGAGCAACACAGCUGCAAGAGAUAAAGGCUCCGCUGCGGCAGCAGCUGCCGCUGUGUUUGCGCUUUUGGUUGCUUCAGAGGACCAGGCAGUUCAGCUGCCGGGACAAAAUCGCACUCAAGCGGGCAAGGAGUUCCCCUGAGGGAGCGCAGGUGCGGCCGCUUCACUGUAAAAUUCUAAUGUACCCUUUCGCCAGCCCUGUGUGGAUACUGCAGACCUCUUUUUCUAACCUGGAAUGCAGCUUUGCUCUCGAAAAGAACCGAAUCGUGGGAGGUCAAAAUGCGUCUCCGGGAAGUUGGCCCUGGCAGGCCACUCUCAUCUCUAAUAACGGCCCGUUCUGCGCGGGGUCACUCAUUAGCAGCCAGUGGGUGCUGACAGCUGCCCACUGCUUAACAGAGUUUGAACGUCAAACCACAACAGUUUAUCUGGGCCGCCACAACCAGUCAGGCUCAAACAUCCACCAAGUUGCACGGAAAAUCGCUGAGCUCACUCACCACCCUUCAUACGACCUCCUUACCAACGAGAAUGACAUAUGUCUUCUGAAGCUGUCGGCCCCUGUGAGUUUCACUGAGUACAUACGACCGGUAUGCCUAGCCUCGGCCGGCAGCACCUUCCACACUGGGACCAGCAGCUGGGUCACUGGUUGGGGUGAUACUCAUGCUAACGGUAAGCUCGCAGACUCCGACAUCCUACAGGAGGUUAAUAUGCCAGUAGUGGGAAACAAUGAGUGCAAGUGCUACCACACGUUACCCAUCACAGAGAACAUGCUCUGCGCAGGGCUUAAAGCUGGAGGGAAGGAUGCAUGUCAGGGAGACUCAGGGGGGGCACUGGUGACCAGUGACCAAAUUUUAUGGGUCCAGGGUGGAAUCGUGAGUUUUGGCGAAGGCUGCGCUCGGCCUAAGAGUCCCGGAGUCUACACCCGCGUGUCCCAGUACCAGGAAUGGAUCCAAAACAUCACCGGCAGCGCAGCGCCAGGCUUUGUUACCUUCACCUCCCUCGGAAUCGACAGCGACUUAAACUUCACCUGCCGGACUUCGCCACCCAGCACUACCACCACCACCACCACCACCACCACCGUCAGCACCACAAGCAAGGGUGGUGACGAUAAAGGUGGCACCGUGUUUGACAGUGGUGAAAAUACGAUCCACUUCUCUCACUUCACUCACUUCAUCUCACUCUCCGUUCUUGUUCUGUCGCUCUGUGUGCUGGUUGGUGACAUAUAG